UCCUGUGGGAUGCGCGCGAGAGCCGGCGAUGGGUCCCGCGGCGCGGCUGGCGGCGCUGCUGGCGGUGCUGACGCUCGGGACAGGGGACCUACCAGGGGCCGCAGCGCGGGGGGACACGUUCUCGGCGUUGACCAGCGUGGCGCGCGCCCUGGCGCCCGAGCGCCGGCUGCUGGGGCUGCUGCAGCGCUACCUGCGCGGAGAGGAGGCGCGGCUGCGGGACCUGACCAGAUUCUAUGACAAGGUACUUUCCUUGCAUGAGGAUUCAACAACCCCUGUGGCUAACCCUCUGCUUGCGUUUACUCUCAUCAAACGCCUGCAGUCUGACUGGAGGAAUGUUGUACAUAGUCUGGAGGCCAGUGAGAACAUCCGAGCUCUGAAGGAUGGUUAUGAGAAGGUGGAACAAGACCUUCCAGCUUUUGAGGACCUUGAGGGAGCAGCAAGGGCCCUGAUGCGGCUGCAGGACGUGUACAUGCUCAAUGUGAAGGGUCUGGCCCGAGGUGUCUUUCAGAGAGUCACUGGCUCUGCCGUCACUGACCUGUACAGUCCCAGACGUCUCUUCUCUCUCACAGCAGACGACUGCUUCCAAGUCGGCAAGGUGGCCUAUGACAUGGGGGAUUACUACCAUGCCAUUCCAUGGCUGGAGGAGGCUGUCAGUCUCUUUCGAGGAUCUUACGGAGAGUGGAAGACGGAGGAUGAGGCAAGUCUAGAAGAUGCUUUGGAUCACUUGGCCUUUGCCUAUUUCCAGGCAGGAAAUGUUUCGUGUGCCCUCAGCCUCUCCCGAGAGUUUCUUCUCUACAGCCCAGAUAAUAAGAGGAUGGCCAGGAAUAUCUUGAAAUAUGAAAGGCUCUUGGCAGAGAGCCCCAAUCCGGCAGUAGCUGAGGCUGUCAUGCAGAGACCCAAUGUACCCCACCUGCAGACCAGAGACACCUACGAGGGGUUAUGUCAGACCCUGGGUUCCCAGCCCACUCACUACCAGAUCCCCAGCCUCUACUGCUCCUAUGAGACCAAUUCCAGCCCCUACCUGCUGCUCCAGCCCGUCCGGAAGGAGGUCAUCCACCUGGAGCCCUAUGUUGCUCUCUACCAUGACUUUGUCAGUGACUCGGAGGCUCAGAAAAUUAGAGAGCUUGCAGAGCCGUGGCUCCAGAGAUCAGUGGUGGCGUCAGGGGAAAAGCAGUUACAAGUGGAGUACCGCAUCAGCAAAAGUGCCUGGCUGAAGGACACCGUUGACCCGAUGCUGGUGACCCUUGACCACCGCAUUGCAGCCCUCACAGGCCUUGAUGUCCAGCCUCCCUACGCAGAGUACCUCCAGGUGGUGAACUAUGGAAUUGGGGGGCACUAUGAGCCUCACUUCGACCAUGCUACGUCACCAAGCAGCCCCUUAUACAGGAUGAAGUCUGGGAACCGAGUUGCAACAUUUAUGAUCUAUCUGAGCUCGGUGGAAGCUGGAGGGGCCACGGCCUUCAUCUACGCCAACUUUAGUGUGCCUGUGGUUAAGCACUGUUUUGGUGGAACCUGCACAGGAGCGGUGAAGGGGACGAUGACACCCUUCAUGCUGGCUGUCCCGUCCUGGUGGGAGAUAAGUGGGUGGCCAACAAGUGGAUACACGAGUAUGGACAGGAAUUCCGCAGACCCUGCAGCUCCAGCCCUGAAGACUGAGACGUUGGUGGAGAGAAGCGGGUGGAGUCCUGUGGCUUCCCAGAGAAGCCAGGAGCCAGAAGCUGCGGUAGGAGAGGAGAAAGGAAAAAGGCCUGGUCAGCAUUGCCUGUUCCUUGCAAACGGGAGGCCAGGAAGUAGUCUUUCUCAGAGGACACCUGAGAAUUUGCAUUUGUUUCUGCUUCAGCCAUGAGAGUCAGAGUGUUACAGACAGUACAAAGGUGGGGGCGGUGGAGGCCUGAGAGUGAAGUUUCUGGAGCUCAGAUACUGUCUGUUGGGAACAGAACAUAUCGACAGUCUCUGGGGUUUUGUCAGCGAGGCUUCUGCCACUUUGAACCUUGAGCACAGGGACCGGGAAGUAGCAGUGAGGACACCUGCAAGAGGGGCCAGCCCGAUGCUCACAGCUGGAAGCCCCCUCCCCACUGCCUUCUGCCAAAGCCCGAGCAGGGAGUGCCUCCAUCCCAGAGUAUACCCCAUGUGAGCCGUACAUCAUAUGAUGGUAUUUUUAAAGUAGAAAGCAACUUUCUUUUCUUUUUAUGUGUUUUUUUAAUACAGUCAUUAAAAAUGUCUAUGAAUUAUUUUUC